UUUCCUUCAGCUGCUAGAUUGCAAGAGAUGAUAGAAUACCCUAAGUUUGGCCUGAAAGGUACAAAAGUGACUGUGAAAGUAAGCAAAUGGAAUUCUGCCUCUGCUGCUAGAUUCAAGCUGUCUUCAGUUUGGGUGAGGAUUUUUGGUAUCCCUGAUACUUUGUUACACAAAGAUGGUUUUGAGGAAAUUGCCUCGUUCCUGGGAACUGUCCAGGAUGUGGAUAUGCAAGCUUACAGAGAUACUGAUAUUGUCAGGGCGAAAGUUGGAGUGAAAGACCCAAGCAAAAUACCUGAGGUGGUGGAACUAACUGUAGACCCAUACAUAUAUUACAUCUUUUUUGAGGUGGAGGAGAUUGUAGAACGUGGAGGGGCUCUAAGAGAUGGUGUGCUUAUUGCAGAAGAAGACGAUGAGAACCAGAUCGAUAGACAUUACAGUAGGGGAGCCAAAAAGUAUAGGAACGAUACACGUGAAGUUGGGCAGGGGUCUGGUGGGAAUGAAGAUGAGCUAAUGCAUGAUAGAUUGGAGAUGCAAAAGACUGAACUAGCAAGGGAAGAGAAAAUCAGACAGGAAAUGUUGGAGAGGAAAAAAGCAAGAGGAAGAAGAAAUUGUAGCACAGUCAAAAGGCCUGGAGGAGAUUAACCGAGAAUUCGCCACAGAUGCUGAGAGAAUGGAUUUCAGGAAUGAUGAUUAUGUUCAAGAGCAGAUAGACUAUGGAGAAGACAUGGUGGAGAGUACACAAGUCAUACAAGAUAGAGUGUUGAAGGAAUAUGGCAACUAUUCAGAGGAAGUUCUGGAUUCCCAACCUGAAAAAGUCGCCAGUAAAGUGGGCAUUGUGACGGAUGCAAGACAGGUAAAUAGGCAAGUCCUAGGGGAAAAGCUCAAAGAUCUGAACAAAAGCAGAGAUGGGGUGGUAGAUGAGGAAAGAAGGAGGACUCAGAGAGAUAUUGGCGAUAUGCAUACAAUGGAUAAAGCUGUAGAAAGGGUGAAAGUCAGAAACCUGGAGACUGCCCCAGAGAAAAGAAGGGCAACAGAUGUUGCGGGCCGUCGCAGCACUGCUGGUUGAUGUUGCGAACGGUUUCUUCAACAAGAGCAGAGGAUGGGCGCCCAUGGUGAAACGUCUUGACAUCGGGGAGUAAUUCUAUCUGUAAUGUUAGUUGAAUUUCUGUCCUCCCUGGAGAAUAUGUGGUGAUGAGGGGGGGAGAGGAGCCCUGUGUGGUUACCUCUCACAUGGGUAUGCAUUUGUGAUAAGUGUUGAGUUUUUCUUAGUUGCAAGCUUUAUUUUCUUGGUUGUCUAGUUGCUGUUGCCUGGAUGUCAUGGUAGGACAUCUGGGGGCUGG